CCAAAAUAAAAAAACAAUAACAAGGGCAAUUGCGAGAGUGUAUAGUGAAAUAUAAAAAGAAAUCAACAAUGGCACACGAUCGAGAGGUGCUACGCAUGAUAUGGGAGGGACAGAUUGGCAUAUGCUUUCAAGCAGACAGCGAUGAAAUUGUCGGCAUUAAGCCAGAACCCUUCUAUUUAAUGGUCUCCCGUCUCAGCUAUUUGCCGUUGGUCACAGACAAGGUGCGAAAAUAUUUUACCCGCUACAUUGCUGCCGAGCAUCAAGAGGGCGCCGUGUGGUUUGAUUUUAAUGGCACUCCACUGCGUCUGCAUUAUCCAAUUGGUGUGCUAUACGAUCUGCUACAUCCUGACGAGGACAGCACGCCCUGGUGCAUUACCAUACACUUCUCCAAAUUCCCCGAAGAGUCGCUCGUCAAAUUAAACACAAAAGAACUGCUGGAAUCGCAUUUCCUGUCCUGCCUAAAGGAGGCCGAUGUCCUUAAGCAUCGCGGCCUCGUCAUCUCGGCCAUGCAGAAGAAGGAUCACAAUCAACUCUGGCUUGGUUUGAUCAACGAAAAGUUCGAUCAGUUUUGGGCGGUCAACAGGCGCCUCAUGGAGCCCUACAGCGAUCAGGAGUCCUUCAAAAACAUUCCCGUGCGCUUCUACAAUGACGACGAUUUCACGUACAUGCAAAAACUAAUAUCACCGCUAAGCGAAAGCGGACAAAAGAAGAAUCUGAGCGAUCUGAUGGCCGAAUUAUCGACACCUGUGCGCAAGGCUGUUGGCUUUCGCACACAUGGCAUCGAUCUGCACGAGGAAACACAACUGCAAUGGAUGUCCGAGCAUUUGAGCUAUCCCGACAAUUUUCUGCAUUUAUCGGUUGACUACAAGAGCAUAUAAUCGAGGGGAUCGUGCGAUCGUUAAGAGCGAUCUGCCGAUCUGCAGUGAGAGCGACCAGUGAGCGAUUUCAGGCGAUACCCAGGGCCGAUCUGGACACAGACACCCGGAUCGAUAUACACUAUAACAAAUACAAUUAACUAAUUAGCUAGUAGGAUUUUAGCAUUAAGUUGAAUGUACAAUACAGCAUAUUAUUAUACAUACUUUACGGACAUUAGUACUAAACUGAUCGAUGUACCAUAUUUAUGCAAUAAUCUAUAUAUAUUUAUACAUAUAUAUAUAUACUACUAGCUUGUUUUAGCAUUUAUACGUAACGCAUGUUGUUUCGAGCAAAAGAAAUGAAAGAAAAAUAAAAUGCCAAAAAAACAAAA